UCUCAUGUCUCCUCUGGUUUUUAGUUCCCGUGAUCGCGAAGCGUUUGAUGGACGUGAAACUGGGCGAGCUGGGGUCCUGGCUGGGGGGUCGCGACUUCACCCCCAACGGCCUCCUGUCUGGUGUCCGAAAGGGCCACGACGCGUACUACAACAAGUACAUCAACGUGAAGCGCGGCGGCAUCGGGGGCGUGGCCAUGCUGGUCACCGGCUACAUCGUGCUGAGCUAUGUCUGGGAGUACGAACACCUCAAGCACGACCGCUGGAGGAAGUACCACUAAACUCUGAUCAUCAAACCCCCAGGUUACCUCUGACCCCCCCACCACCGUGCGGCCCUGAGAAACCAACUAUUCUGUACAAUAUGUGACUGUUGUGACCAAUAAAGUUAAUAAUACGAUUUAUUACUGGA